AUGAGCGACAAGGCAAGGCCAAAAUCGCGGGACAACCCUUCGCAGAUUGACGGCAAUAACAAAGCUACGUCGCUAUCUUCUCUUGAUGAAGUAGCAGACUCGAUGCACAGGAAAGAGGAGGAACAGAACGGUGAUACACCAUCGAGCCGUGCUGUCGAAGAGCAUACCCGAAGAGAGGAGCAUAAUACGCCCAGGUCUUCACUGCGAUUGAAUGUAUCGUCGUUUGCUGCUCCUACUAAAGCUUCAGAAGCGAAGAAGAAUGAAAAGAUCGAGCUUGCUCAGUUUGUGAAGAAGCCAUCCUUGGGCAAAGAACUGCCUGGCUGGACAGGUAUUAACAUACAGUCUCAAACUGCCUCUGUACCCGGUAGCCCACGUCCGAGUCUGAACCGGCACUCUACUACUGGAUCUCCUUCCCCUAAGAGCCAUGAUCGUAUAAGCGGCACUUCGUCACGGAUGGAGAAACAUUGCGGAACAAAAAGUCAGAGUCUUGUUUCCGGUGUGUCUGGUGAAUUGGAAAAAGAAGAGGACGUUGGAGUAAGACUAGAAGACCUACCUGUGAUAGAAAAUGAAACUCUGAAGGAAGCAUCGUCAAAGCAGCGAACGCAAGUUGAGGAAGAGGGAGUACAGAAAGAAAAAGACUCGCUUAUACAUGAAGAGGAAGAGCUUGAAGAGAUAGAGGCUUUCAUCAAGAAAGGGCCACCCAAGUGUCACGUUGGAGAGCAUGAGGUUGAGUUUAAUGUAUCGCUAGACCAAACUUCUCCCUUUACCAAAAACGGCACGGCGUUGCCAUUAGAAGAGGUUUAUGUCGAAAAUCUCGAACCGCAGAUUAAAACACUCCAAGAUCAGGUCGAAGGCAUGUCGCAACGCAGUACAGAAGAAGACGGGACGGGUGCCGUUGCGAUUACUGCCCACAACAAUGACAUCGCAUUAGAUAGGAUUCUUGCAGAACAGGAAAAGCUGCAACACGAACUUACUCAAGCGGAGACACAGCGUGAUGAGGCCAUACGACAAUGUGGUACAGUACAAGCAGAUUUAGAAACCGUCAAAGACGACACUAAGAAGUUGAAACAAGAGAACGACAAGCUAGUCACACAACUUCGGGAGAGUAAAGAUCGAAUCGCAGCGCGCAAUGCUCGCGAGCCAAACCUACCGGCUCUUGAAGCGAUUGAAGCGGAGAAUCGGAGGCUUCGAGUGACGGUCGACAAGAAAGAGAAAGAGCGGAGUGAUGCAAAUGCAUGUUGUGAGAAUCUUGAUGAUCAGCUCAGAGAUACUCAAGAGAAGCUAAAACAUCAGGUAGUGUCUAUCAAAGAGCUGUGCCAGAUUGUAGAUCUGAUGUCUCGAAGUGUAUCUCAUGGCGAGGACGUACCCAUCCCCCACCCCGACGCCCUUAGCGAGAGGCUUGCGCAAGCUUCCGAGAUAGAAACUUUGCAGAUCAAAAUCACCCAAUUGAUUGGAACGUUCAAUGAGUAUCUAAAAAAGUGGCAAGGCAAGAGCAGAGGACUGGAGUGCCAAGUAGCGGAUCUAGAAUCCAAGAUUGUUGAACAAAAAGAACUCAUGGUCGUACAGAAAGAGGAAUUGCUAAGCCCUAGUCUACAGAGCCCGCUGCUCUCGCCGGAGGUGCUAUCAAAUAGAGAUGAGUUCAGGGAAUAUUACCAGCGAGAACGACAGAGGCGCAAAGAAGUAGAGCAGGAUCUCGCCAAGGUGGAGAAGGUCUUGUCGCAUCUUCACCCAGAGAACGAAAAGCUGCAGUCUGAUUUCACCAAGGCACAAGAAGAGCUUGCAGAUCUGCGUCCAAAAGCUGAUCAGUUGAUGAGAGAUGCGAAUGGAUGGAAAGAAGACUCUGAAGAAAAGAAGUCACAACUUGAAGAACGCACACACGCCUUCGAAACCAGUACCGAUCAGCAAAGGCAGGAGACUCUCCGAUACAUUAGGAACUACUACAAGAAAACUAAUGACGAAGCAUAUUGGGAAGUCGAAGGUCUACAGAAGAAGCUCGCAACCGUGGAAGAAGAGCGUAUAGCACUUGAACGGAAUUUUGAACAAGCAAAGGUGGAAAACGCGCAUUUGGCGGAUGGUGUCACUAGACUGUUGAAGAGAAAUAAGAAACGGAACGCAGAUAUUGGGAAGAUACAAGAAGCGGUCAUAUACGGCGAAGAUUUUCCCGACCUUUCAGAUGAAGAUGAAGGCUCAUCUUCGAGUUCAGACUCCACAAUCUCAACACCCACUCAUCCGAUUGACCUUGUCAAGAGACGAAUACCUAUUCCACGCUGUCAUCUUCCCAAAGCAUUCAAUGUACGCGAGGGCAAGAUAUCUGCUUACAAGGAAGAACUCCAGAGCAUGCGAGAGCAAGCAUUGUUCAAUGCGAGCGUCAAGCCACCCAUGUCUUUCAAAAAUAGGAUUAGCGUCGGACGCAAUAAUAUCAUGGAAAAGGUGCGUGAAUGGAAGAUGGGAAAGUCCUAUCCACCGAAAUGUUCGGAGUGGGGGGAGCUGAGGAGAAGAAGCGCGUGGGAAAGAUGGAAUGGAGAGAACUGGGCGAAGGAAUUCGCUCAGGGGAAUGACGUUGACAUUUUGAAACAGAGUGGACUUUGGAAUGAGGCUUGGGAUUAG